AUGCGUUUGUACAAGAAUCUUAGUUUCCUAGGUUUGCUAAAUUUUGGCCUUUUUUGGGUUUACAGUAUCUGUUGUGGGGUUUAUAGGAGAUGUCAGCAGGAAGAGAGUGUUGAGAAGCUACCAGAUGCUUUGUUUCUUCUGGAGUCACCCACACUCGCACAGGUGACUGGUGGUGACCAUGCUUCUGUUGUUGCAGCUGCAAUGGCUGAGAGUGCAUUACGGAAGAGGGACUUAAAUGGGAAUGCUUCUUCUCUUCCACGUCGUCCCAAGGUACCGAGAGGAAAUUUGCCUCACUCCAAGAAUAUUCCUGAAACUAUGGGUAAUGUGCUUGUACCUCCUCAGCUCAAGGGAAGGAGCAAUGUUGCCACAGAGGAUAUGAGCAGGCUUUUUGUGAAAAAACGGCAAGACUCCUCCAAUGCAAGAUCUCCAAAUCAGGAAUAGUUUUGUCAAAUUUGAAUGGUUUUAUUUCUGUCUAAUUGCCUAACAUUUGGUGCAACGUAACGAUGGUAUGUUUAGCAGAUACGAUGAGCAUGUACUUUUCUCAAUAAUUUACGACUAUUUAUACGGAAGGAAAAAAACUGAAAUUACCAUUAUGUGCUAA